AAUGCCAAUAUGCAACGAGUCGGCAUACCCCAACAUCUCCAGCCGCAUCUUGGUGCUCAGCAAGGACAGCACCAAACCCCACAACAAGCACAGCAAUACAACAGCAGCAAGCUCAGCAGCAAGCUAACAACCAAAUGCACCAGGGCAACCAACCCGGUCACCCCGCUCAUAUGAACCCUCAACAAAUCCAACUCCAGCAGGCUCAGUUAGCACAGUCGAUGGCGCAUCCGGUCCCUCAAGGCCCUCAAGGUCAAGGACCACAACCCCAACCUCAGCCUCAGGGACAGCCUCAGCAACAAGGCCAACAACCACAACCGCCACAACCAGGGCAGCAACAGCAGCAGCAGCAGCAGCAACAACAGCAGCAACAACCCGGCCCGCAACCAGGCCCGCAACCACAACCGAAUACUCAAGGUCCUCAAAGAGCCCCGACGCCAGCUGUUGCGCAGCCGAACCAAACGCAAAACCAAGGACCAAAUCCUACAACAGGAAAUCAACCGCAACCGCCGCAAAAUCAACCGCAGCCUCCCAAUGGUCCGCAAAAUCCACCUCAACAACCUACUGCGCCGACAAUUCAGGCAGGUCAACAUCUCCAGCUCACGAAUAACAUACAGCAGCAAUUGCUACAGCAGCAACAGCAACAAAAGAACGAUGGCAUGAAGGGCCAUUGCCUACUAAAACUCCUUCAGUUUGGUGAACAUCUAAGCGGAUACCCAGCCCAGGGAUUGAGAAUGAGGGACGAUUUGACAUACUGGAAUAAUUUUGUAGCGCAAUUUUUCUCGCCAAGGGGAGUUUUCAGAAUCUCUCUAUUUUAUAUCGAUACCAAUAUAGCGAGCGAGGAGCACGUCGACAAGCAUCACGAGAUAACACAACCCGCUCUAGCACGAUAUUUUCACACACAUUUCGAAAGCGGAGUUAGGAGAAUUAAUUUGACCUUCGAGAAGGGCAUUACUGACAGACCACUGCCAAACGGUUGCCACUUCAUCGAGAACCAAAAGGCAAAUCUAACCUAUUGGUUCGAUAACUCCCAUGUCGUAGCUACAGGAACUUUAAGAGCGCAGUUCGACAGCGAACAAAAACUUGAGCUAUUGGAAUUCAUUACCCAAGGUCACGAAGAGUAUCACUCUCGAAAGAUGGUGAUCGAAGCGGCCAAGCCAGCACACAAUUGGGUUAAGGAGUGGUUGAAGGUGAAUGGUCAAGGGGACGCGCGGCUGUCCCCGGAAAUGAGCAAAAAGGGCAAAGCAAAGUCAAUGAAAUCGCCGCCAAACCCACCUCCUGAUAUUGAUUUACCCCAGUCGGCCGUCAAACAAAACAUAGGCAUCACAGAAGCAGUGUUCCAAUUUCUCGAGAUUAUCGAAGUCGUUGGGCAGAUGAAUCCGCUAUUCAAUUUCUACCACACUCAUCCCGGCCGCUCCCCUUAUGUCGCUCUGGAGCAAUAUGUUAAUCAGAAUAUUACCAAUGUUCCGCAACAACCGAUAAUAAACGGCCAACCCCAGGUCAACGGCCCACCGAAUCCGCGAACCCCUAGCUUCGGCCAAUUCCCCAUGGGCGCUUCACCAGCAGCUACGCAUCUGCAACUGCCCAAUUCACCUCAUAUAGGCAGCCCCGCUCAAGGACAUAUGCAAGCGCCAGGCAUGCAAUUACAGCAAACAAGCAACAAGCGAAGGCGGCCAUCGACAGUCAAAACCGAAGAUGAAAGCGGCGCACCGACGCCCGUGAGUAUCGGGGGUGCUCAAGUUAAUGGUGUUGGAAUGGCUAACAAGAAGCCACCUACGCCUAGAAUGCAAAAGCGCGUAAAGACAAAUCCAGCAUGAUGCCUAACGUCCCAAGGGACCAUAUUUUCAAAUCGAAAAAGGAAAAAGAGAAAGGGGAGAGAAAACAAAAUUCAAAACAAGCAUACCGGCGUCUCUUCUGGCUACGGAACUCUGUACUGUUGUUCGAUCUUGGCUCGGCUGUUUCAUACGCACUAUUACAUCGGCUGGACGUUCAGGAUUUGCAUUUUUGGGACUUGGGGAGGUUCGGAGGCCUUCAGCGAUUC